AGGUGUACUAAUAAUACGAUCUGACAUACAUAUGGAUGCGGCAUCCUGACAUUCGAUCCAAGCUCUUUGGAAUAAAUUAAGGUUAAACCACUGCCCCAGAUGUCACUGAUGCUGCAAUUCGCGAGGUGAAUAUUAAGUAUGGAGUACGCAGAGUUUGAUGUUUACCUUGCUGUCAGGAUUCUUCAUAGUGAUCUCUCGUGCGGUACAAUAAAAAGGGAAUACAUUUACUAGUCAUCCGUAACACUGCAAAUAGAAAUUGAUUUGAUAUUCGAACUGAGCUCAUUGAAUUUGGAUUUCAUCUCAGUGGAAAGUGUCCAUGGAAAAUACUGUAGGUCCUAUCGAGUGCGACCAAAGAUAUUCUUGUGAAAAUAUCAUUGAGAGACACGUAACGGAGAAAGUUUAAAUUGGCUGAAGGUGGCAAAAUAAAUAAGUCCAGAAGAAGCAGAGCUGUCUCAUAAAUAUUUGCUCAAGUCACCCGUAUAUAUUUAUUCAGUGGAAUAUCAAGAAUCAUUUCUAAAAUAACAACCUUUUACUUCUUCACGGCAGGAUAUACCUAACGCUUUGACUAGAAAUAUAGUCAAUAUUAGAAGGACGAUUUCUGAAAGAAAUUCAAAUCACAAAAAAAUCAGCUGUGAUUGGGAAGGAGAGUCAAGUAAAAUAUACGAGAAUACUUUUCUCUUGUUGCGACGUUUUAUUAUUUCGACAAGAGAUAAAUUUUACUGCUUCACAAAAUUCACACGUAUCGAACGACGACACUGAGAAGCAGCAGGCAUCGCGCAAAAGUUCUUUUUCGGAAAUUGUUAUCACUAUCCAGAAUUAUCAUGUUUCCUUUGUUUUAUAUGAAACCUUUCCGUUCUGGGAGAAAUGGGCGGUACAUGAAAUUCAAAAAUAAGAAAAAGGACCAAGAAGAAAGAACCAUGAAAGGAUCAAAUCAGCUGAAGCAAAUAUUUUUGAAAUACAAAUUACGUAAUGACAGUCGAAAUCCAUUGUUAAGGAAUAUUAAGGUAUUGUGACUGACAUAUCUAAUGAAGAUGCCAAUGUCACGUGCGGUAGAUACGAAACCCGGAACGUGAACAACCCAUUUCAAUCUGGGGUCGGCCACUGGCAAACUGAUGAAAAGGACAUUGAGGAAGACCCGAAGACUGUAAAAUUUCCAGAAAGUUAUAUCAUCUUCUGAAACCUAUCUCACAUGGGCUGCAGAGGUUUCGUAAUUCAUGGUCAAACUGUAUUUAUAAAAGUACGAUCCAUUAAAUGACGUAACGAAAAGCUUUUGGAGCUACAUUGAUCGCAAAGCGGAGUUUGCGUAUAGCGUCGACAUUCCACGCGACGUCACCGUCGUCCAUUAGGCAGGAGUUCACAAGGAUUCUUAAAGUGAGAUUGUCAUAGCUAUUAUUCGGAAUAGCAUUUAGGACUACUAAGGUUCUAAGAAAGAAUUAAAUUGUGAACCAAUAGGAUCGAAGAACUGACAAUACCAUGCCAUCCGUUCGACGGAUGAUUCUGGGCCACGUGAUGUCCGGAAUAUGUGCUAAAAUGAAUCGUACAAAAAAGCUCCAGGGUGACGUUAUGGAAACUCCAUUAAAAAGAUGUCUCUCUACGUUCGACAUAACUCUCCUCGGUGUCGGUCAUAUGGUCGGAGCCGGAAUUUACGUGCUAACUGGAACCGUCGCCCACGACACAGCUGGUCCAGGCGUCGUCCUCAGCUUCCUGUUCGCUGGUCUUGCGUCCUUAUUGGCUGCAAUGUGUUACGCUGAGUUUGGCGCAAGAGUACCAAAGGCUGGUAGCGCCUACGUCUACACUUAUGUGUCCAUUGGAGAAUUCUGGGCAUUCGUCAUUGGCUGGAAUAUCAUUUUGGAGCAUAUGAUAGGCGCAGCAUCCGUAGCCAGGGCAUGGAGCGGCUACGUAGAUUCUUUGGCAGGAGGAGCAAUAAGUAACUUUACAAAAAGUGUAAUGGCUGGUCACACGAUGGGAGAACCUUUAGGACAUUAUCCUGAUCCUCUAGCAGCAUUGCUUUGUCUGGUUUAUGCAUUAUUAUUGGCACUUGGUGUCAAAGGAUCAGCAGCUGUCAAUUCAUUGUUGACACUAGUCAAUCUUGCUGUGAUGGGACUGACGAUAGUUCUUGGAUUUUAUUAUGCUGACCUGGACAACUGGAGUGAAAAGAACGGAGGAUUUUUACCUUAUGGAUUUGGCGGUGUAUUAGCUGGUGCCGCCACGUGUUUCUAUGCCUUUGUCGGCUUUGACUCCAUUGCUACUUCCGGCGAGGAAGCUAAAGAUCCUGGAAGGAGUAUACCAUGGGCUACAGGAUUUUCAAUGACGAUAGUCACAGUAGGUUACGUUCUAGUCAGCGCUGCCCUCACUCUGGUUGUUCCUUAUUGGAGUAUCAAUCCUAAUGCUGCUUUGCCGGAAGCGUUUUCCGCACGCGGGAUGCCCUGGGCUAAAUACGUCAUUAGUGUUGGAGCUCUUUGCGGUAUGACAACAACUUUGUUCGGCUCUCUAUUCUCGUUACCGAGGACUAUGUACUCUAUGGCUAGUGAUGGCCUCCUCUUCGGCUUCCUGGGUCGCGUCAAUAAACGCACUCAGAUUCCUUUAGCGAAUCUGGCGAUUAGUGGAUUCUUCAGUGCACUCAUUGCAUUUUUGUUCGACCUUAAACAUCUUGUCGAGUUCAUGUCCAUUGGUACUUUUCUAGCAUAUACUAUUGUCUCAGCCAGUGUAAUAGUACUUAGGUAUCGACCUGAACCUGCUGCUGUUAAUCCAUCGCCUACUGGAACUCCUAGCACUCCAGGUUCACCACCUACGGAGGGUGCGGAUUCCAACAGUGAAUGUAACAGCGUAGCAUCUGCGGAAUCUGAGCUACUGGAAUUUUCUGAUGGACCUGACAAGCCGAGAUUCCAAUAUGCCUGGUUGGCCAAUCUCUUGAAACAUACUGACAAAAGAACUGCCAUUGUGGCUUCCAUUACACUUUACACAACAACCUGUGUACCACUUUGUGCACUUAUACAUCUUUUAACGGAAACUUCCUUUGCACCAGUCUGGUGGGAUUACGUCAGUCUGGCGAUGCUGAUAGUGUCAUUGAUUGGAUGCCUGCUUGUAAUUUCUGCUUAUCGUCAAAAUCCACCGAGUGAUAAAUUUCGAGUUCCCAUGGUACCACUGAUACCUGCUCUGAGUAUAUUAUUUAAUAUUGCACUGAUGCUGCAUCUUUCUCUUCUCACUUGGCUGCGUUUUCUGGUCUGGAUGAUCGUAGGCAUCCUCAUUUACUUCCUGUACGGAAUUCACUAUAGUAAAGAAGCCGUGUCGCCGAAUUCUUAUUCGAUUCUAAUGGCUUCGUCGGAAGCUGGUCGUGGUGCCAAAUGGGGCGCUACUCUUCGCGUCAGUCAAAAAAGCGACAAAGUUCCCAUUCUGAACAACGAGGAAUUUCUUCAGUAAAGAAGAAAGAAGAGAUACAAUUAGCUUCAUUAGAAUUUCGAAAUCAAUAAGUUAUUUUUCUUUCUCUUAACCUUCCGUUUUUGACUUCCCUUGGCGACAGUCGACACUUUUUCGAUUCGUCUAGAAAAUCAUUGCCCUCAGCUGAAAUCGAAAUAUCACCAGUAACUUACUCGAAAUGCACAAUUUCAGUAGAGUUCUUACAAAUAAGGCCCAAGUCUCCUCGAUCGUCAGGGAUGCUUAUUUCUGUUAAGAAAAGAUACUAAUCAUGUUUACAAUAUUUUAUUAACGACGUUCGAUCUACCAUACGUAAUUAUUGAUGAUUAAUCGAUUACGCCUAUAGAUAAGCGUUAAGGAUUAGUUCUUCAAUUCAAUUAACAUUUCUUGCUUGUUUAGCAGGCACUUAUGCAUGAUUAGAUGAUUUAAACGUUGAUGAAGAAAUAAGGGUGCCUUGGGAACAGCUAGACUAUUAAUGAUAAUAAUCGUAUCAAAAAUGAGACAAUAGAUCGUCGACAAGGACGAUUUCUUAAUGCUAAGUGUUCCAGUACCAAAAACAAAAAGAGUGAUGAGGCCGCAAUCGCAAUCGAUCACAAAAUCCAAAAUCUUCAAGAACCUACGCGCUUUUAUCAUACAUUUGAUUAAUAACUUUCUUCCCUUAAGUUUUCCUUUUCAAUUGAAACGCCAUUUGUAAAUGUGAAUACGAACGCGAUAGCUUUGAUCUUUAUAUGAUCGAGGAUUUGUUUCAUAAUUCAAGGAGCAGUCUUUGAUGUAAAUACGGCACAAUAAUGAGAUAACGUGGUUGCGCAUAAAUAUUACAUUUAUCCAUUAUCUGUACAUAGAUGUUAUGAUAUACAUAUAAGAUUGCCGAUGAAUUACCUAUAUUCUACUGAAAUCUCACAAUGUGAUUGUUUCAAAUGAGAUCGUACAAAAAGAAAACUAUGAAGAAAUCCAAAAGGUUUCUUCUACGAUAGUCUGAAGUUCUGUAGAAAGUCGGCUUAAUGUCCAAUAAUAUAACCUUAUACGUACGUUAUAUGUCGUUGUCUGAACCGGUUGUAAUUAAACGUUUAUAAAUUGAAAUAGUUAUACGAGAUACGCGUUAUACAGCGAAUAUCGAACAAACAAUGUUACCCGGUCGUUGUAUAUCAGUUAUAAAUAUAUAUAUAUAUACAUAUAGUAUAUUAUACGUACGUAGUAUAGAUCGACGCAGACACAUUGUACAAUCGUGCCUAUACGAGCGAAAUGAAUAAUUAGACUUUUUACGAGGCGGUUGGGAUUAUUCCUAUUUGAAAAAUGCAGCAAAACAAUGUCGCCCAUUAACCAAUUAAAGAGACAGCCAAGGUACCUGUGUCUGAAUGAUUAAGAUUACUCUCGUUUCUUAUGACCGAUUGAUACAUAAAUAUGAAACUCUGUUCAAUCAGUCAGAGUAAAUGUCAAAUCGUGGUAGGAAAUGUCUUGGACGUUAAAAACAAGCAUGAAACUUGGUUGGAAUAAAAUGGCUGGAUAGCUCAUGAGACCUACUGUACUCAAAGUGAAGUCGAGGGAAAAAGAAAGUAGCACGAAAUAAGUGAAGAAUUUUUAAAGAAAAAAUGUCGCUGAAAAUAAUAUUGGCAAUUGCUGUUCUCAGUUUUGCAUUUGUAAAAAGGGUCGAGUGUCGCGAAGAAGGUAAAGUAACGGUGACUGAUUCUCGUGCAGCAACGAAUGAUAAUGGCAAAUCGGGUCACGUGCAGCGGGGUGCAGAGGAAGUUCCGGCUGCCGCUGCUCCUGUUACGAGCAGCACUCCACCUCCGGUCAGCGGAAGUACAGUAACGAAACAAGAGUCUGCCGAAGCGGCGGCAACGCAUUCUUCUAUCAAGAGAUCCCUGGCUGAGAAUCUUGCUCGUCAAGCCAAUCCUGGAUGCUGUGGUUAAUUCGCUCCUCUUCGUUAAUAUUAUUUUAUUAUGGAUAUUAUUUAACCACACGUAUUGAUUAAUAAAAUCUAUCAAGAUUCCAAGUGCAUGAUACGUCUUUGAAUGAUAAUGUAUUCGCUUAACAAUGAUACACUAUAGUAAUACAUACAACUCAUAUAAUAACGGUAUCUAUAACAAAAAAAGAGUAACAAUUGGA